AUGUAUAUGGAUGAAAGAAGACUUAUAAAAAAGACUUUAAUGGGCGGUGUGGGUGGCAGAUGGCUGGUGAUCCUGGCGGGGUUAUGGGCGCUGGUGGAAGGUCGAGACGCCCGGAACACAGGCAUUACUUCCCUCAACGCCCAGCAGCCUGUUACUCCUCAGCCAUAUUGCUCUGGAGGCUUCAGCGCACGUAAGGCUGCCCCACCUAUUGAAGGAGAAGAGGUACCUCGUCUACUACGCUUUCAGGAGGUGCUGACCAAUCUUGGAGGCUGGUCAGUCCAGGACAACGUCUUCCAGGCUCCGUGCACAGGCGCCUACUUCUUCACCUUCCACGCCAUAUCUGAUGACGACAAGGACUUCACGGUGGCGCUGAUGAAGGAGGGGGUGUACCAGGCGACGGCCUAUGGGACCAAGCACGGCUAUCAACAGGGCUCCAACUCGGCCCUGCUCUUCUUGAACAUGGGCGAGAGGGUGUACCUGGAGGUGCAGCAGGGCUCCAUCUACGAGCACCCUUUCAACGAGGUCUACACUACCUUCACAGGCUUCAUGGUCGAGCACUUCUAGGGAGUGACUGGUGUAACCAAAAGGGCGCCAUUUUGGACGAAGCAGGGUAGGUUACAGGAAAGACGUGAAGGAAUAGAGGAUAUGCACGGAGGAACAAGGAGGAAAGGAUACAAAAGAAAUAGUAGAAAAGAGAAGCGAAUGAGGAAAUGGUCCACUCAGGGGUUUAUAAGUCGUGAGGAAUGGGGGACGAGAAAGGCACACAGAGGGAAGGGAAGAGAAAAGAAGGGAAAGAGGGAAGGGAAAGAGAAAAGGGAUAGAGGGAGGGGGAGGGGUGUUGCCAGAGGCUCGAUCGCGGGAUCAUAGAAGUGGCUGAAAAAGGUGAGAAAAAGCAACAACAACAAGAUUAUUCACCUUUCAAGCCACCGUCAUCAUCAUCAACAUUGUUCACUUAUCAGUUUAUUUAUUUAUUUAAUAAAUCAUCUAUUUAUAGAAGAUGUCAUCGUUUCGUUUUGGUUUGCUAGAUGACACCUGUUUAUGCCAGCAGUAGUCAUCUGUUUAUGACAACAAUCAUCUGUUUAUGACAACAGUUAGUAAAGUUUGUAUUGUAUGGGCGGAGGAGAGGUCAAAGGUCAGAAGAGCGUACUUAUUCA